AUGCGGGCCGAGCCUGGAGAAGGCGUGGGGUACCUGCUCCGGGUCGUGCACGCUUCUGCUCCCCAUUCAAAGGACCCACCUGUCGAGAGGGCCCUCUUCUCUGAACAUCUGGGAAGAAACCCCUUGACCAGCUGCAGGAUGGGCAACAGCAGAAGGCAGGUCAUCUGGGCUCUGUGCUCCCUGCUGCUUCUCCUUGAAGCCAGUUCUGCCAAGAAUAUCUGGAAACGGUCGCUGCACGAGUGGCUGGCUAAAAAAGCCAACGACGAUGAGGCGAACGACCCCUGGCAGACCCUGGAGGAAAGCUGCCCGCCCGCGCCGCCCCCGCGCUUUCUGCCUCUGGGCGCCUGUCAGGUGGCGCUCUGCCAAGCCGACUCCCAGUGCCGAGCGCACCACCUCUGCUGCUACAACGGCUGUGUCUACACCUGCAUGAAGGCCAUACCGCCCCCACCCGUUGUAGAUUGGCUGGAAGAACCGGAACGUCUGUGGCCUGGUGGCAAAGGCUGGCUGCUGGAAGGCCCUCGCCGGGAGACACACGCCGACAUAUGCAGCACCACAGAGGAUGAGGAAGGGCCACUCCUCUGUCCCUCAGGCUUUGAGUGCCACAUCCUGAGCCCAGGCGACGUGUCCAAGGGCAUCCCCAACCAUGGGCAGUGUGUCAAGCAGGGCUCGAAAGCAGAGGAGUCAUUCCGACACACAGUUUACAAAGAAUAUCCAGAGGGUGAUUUUAAGAACGUGGCGGAACAUGGAAAAGAGCGACAAGUGCGCGUUCAGUGA